UUGACGUUUCAAGCCUAACAGAUUUACUCUUCAAGUUUAAAUUAAAUUAAAAAAUAUUUAAAGCUCCAUGUUUUGAUUCUCCCAAAAAAUGAAUAUUCUAGAAACUCUUAUAAAUGCAUCUGAAAAAGCUGCAUGUGUGGCACGGUCUUGUUGUUCAGGAUCAUCAAAUGAAGUCUUACUGGUUGCAGAAAAAUUCGAAAACGAAGCAAACGCUCGCUUUGAAAGAGAUUUUAAGACUAUCGCCGAUGUUUUAGCCCAGGAAGCAGCUAGGGCUGAAAUAGCAUGCCAUUUUCCUGAGCUUGCCGCCCAUGUUAGAGGCGAGGAGUGUUCAGAAAUCGGAGGAGUGAAGAUAACAAUAUGUGAUGAAGUUGAACAAACCGCAGAUGUUCUACGAACGUUAGUAGCGCCGGCGGUCGCUAAACGGAUGGCAGAAGCAGCUCACUGCAGCACCAAGCACACAUUCUGUGACAACUUGCCUAAAGAUUUGUUGCAGAUCAACACCUCUGACAUAGGCAUCUGGAUUGAUCCUAUUGAUGCAACUGCAGAAUUCAUAGCUGGUGUCCGUGGUGAGGCUGAUGCUGACCAUGGUCUACCAUGUGUGACAGUUCUUAUUGGGGCUUAUAUCAGGUCUACUGGAGAGCCAAUAGUAGGAGUCAUCAACCAACCAUUUUAUGACAAUGGGAAAGGUCGAGUCUUAUGGGGCCUCAACUAUAAGGAUACCAAAAAGUGGGGAGGCAGUAACAUUCCAAAAACAAAACAAAACAACAUAAUAUUAAUGAGUGCGGCAGAGAAGCCUGAAAUCCUUAAUAAAUUUAAGAAUAAUGGCUGGGAAGUGAAAUCUUUACCAGGAGCAGGGCACAAGCUGUUAAAAGUUGCCACAGGUGAAGCUGCAGCAUACAUAGUUUCUCAAGGAACUACAUUCCGGUGGGACACAUGUGCUCCACACUCUAUCCUCAGAGCUAAAGGAGGUGACCUCAUCACUUACUCCUCACACAUUCCUAUCUCAUACAAUGAUGAAAUUUCUAUUGACACUCAGCAAUACAGUAACAAAGAAGGUAUUAUAGCCUACAGUGAUGAAGCUGUGUUAGACAAAAUUAAAAACGUCCUUAAAGGUUAAGGUAUGACCCUCCCUAUAAUAUAUGUAGAAAACAAUGCCAUAAACAUGGUAUAAAAAAGUGAUUCUAAAAUCAUCCAUGACUAGAAAUCUCUAUUCAGCCUUAAAGUGAAUUUGUGAUCCAAUAGUAAUUAUCACCUUAUUUUAUGAUAUUGUCAUUUGUAUUUUCUAUAAAUAAUUAAUUUCCUUCUAUUGAUGUAAUAAUCUUAAGUGUAUGUGUUCAAAAUGUAUCUUUACUUAUCUUCUUACUAAACAUAUACAUGUUAAUGUAAUUUUAUAAGAUUGUAUCUAGUCAGUA